UACUACAUCAUCAUGGUAAAUUCACGUAGAGUUGAUCAGAUAACCAAUAGAGUUUACUCAGUUCGCGAAGGACGCGUCCGUAGGCGUGAACAGAUUCGCCAACGAUUUAUCAGGAGUGGCGUAACCAUUCCUCGCCAACUUUUCGUAGAUGUCGAUGACAUUCCUAUAGAAAUCGAAACCGCAAUCAAUAACCACGAGGAAUCAGAAUUCGAGUUAUCAUUCGCACCUCUCUCUCUGGAUCCAGCGGACAUUCCAGAAAAUCACGAGCACGACCCCCUUGAGGAACCUAGCAACGAACUUAACAACGGCAUAACAGAAAUCGAUUCUGACAAUCUUAGUGAAUGCUCUACGGUCAUCCUUGAUGAAGUAAAUUCAGAAAUAUUAUUCAGCGCCUGGGAAGAGAAUGCUGAAAUUCACUCGUCAAGAAAUAUAAACAUACAAAUCUCACCGCCAUCUACUCCUCAAGACUCUCCCCCAUCUUCUCCUGUAUUAUCACCCCUGUGGCCUGGUUACAUGCCACCGAGUUACUCUCCAUUAACUCUCGAAGACAUCGAAGAUUUUGAAAGAUCAAAUUUACAACGAGAAGUCGAGCCCUUAUUCUCAGAUGAAGAAGAAGCUGACAGGCUCGCCGAUGAAUACGCAAGUGCCUUAAUCGAAUCACUCGAUAGGUCCAUUGCCGAAGAUGAAGAGUAA